AUGGGCCGAGGUCAUAUAACUAGACGCGAGCUGUGUAUACAGCGGAUGAGGGAGAUCCAUGAGCUGUCGAUGCUCGCCGUGGACAAUGUGGCACAGAGGCCAAAUUUCCUAGUUAGAUACCCUACCGUAGCUGGACUGAUUAAAGAUUUUGAGGCGGCUCACCUCAAAAUAAUCCAAGACGCCUCAGACGAGGAGUUUACCGCGGAAGACGCAAUCCGUAAAGAAUUCGAUACGAUACGCUUCGGAGUAAUCGGGCGUUAUGAGAAAUUUGUGGGCGCCGACCGAGCGGCCGCCGCGGCCGCUCAGGUCCCGGUCCAAACGUCGUCUAUCCGACUGCCCAAAAUCUCACUUCCGGAAUUCUCGGGUGAUCUCGCGCUUUGGCCCUCGUUCAUCGCGUUGUUCAACGUUUCGAUUCACGAGAAUCGGAGCAUCUCCUCCAUGGAGAAAUACCAAUAUCUGGUAGCCUCAUUGAAAGGAGAAGCGCUCAACGUCGUGAAGAACCUCCCCCUCUCCGCCGACAACUACGCGAUAGCCUACGACGCCCUGAUUUCGCGAUAUCAGAAUAAGCGGAACUUAGCGGAUUACCACGUGGACUUAAUGCUAAACGCCAAGCCGUUAAAAUUGGAGUCAGCCGCCCCUCUCCGCACGUUGUUGGACACAUUUACCGAAAAUACGCGAGCAUUGAACUUGUUAGGGUUCCCCACGGACUAUUGGGACUAUUUACUCCUCAAAUUCUUGCUAGAAAAACUACCUCGUUCGCUUCGCGAGAAAUUCGAAUCCGAACACCGGGCAGAGGAGAUACCAAAGUACGCGCAACUCACGAAGUUCCUAUCGGAUCACUGCCGGGUUCUCGCGUCCGUAUCGGGCCCCACGAAGAUGUCGAUCGAGUCACAGUCGUCUUCGGUAAAAAAUUCCGCAUCGGCCUCGUCGCUUGCUACUCAGACUGCCGAGUGUCCGGUGUGCGAAGAGCAACAUCUCGUGUUCAAGUGCCCUCGAUUCUUGAAACUAUCCCCCCGGGAAAGGCAUUCAACGACCAAAACCGCGAAUUUGUGUUUCAAUUGCCUUCGCGCGGGUCAUGGCGCUAACAACUGCACAUCGACGGGGACGUGCCGGUCGUGCCAGGCUAGGCAUCAUACCCUAUUGCAUUUCGGACGGAAUUCGGGUCCAGCGGACACCCCGGCGGAUACCGGAGCCUUCUCCGAAUCGACCGUCGACGGGAGUUCGUCGCCACAAAAUAAUGAACCCCUCGUCACCAUGGCUAGCGUCGCGAAAUCGAGUUCGACAGUAUUAUUGUCAACGGUGCAGGCCGAAGCUCUCGACGUUCACGGAAAUCCCUUCCCUGUUCGCAUUCUUUUGGAUAGUGCCAGUCAAUUAAAUUUCAUUUCGGAAAAUUGCAUGAAAAAGGGUGGUUUCAAACGAACCAAGUGUCGUACUGUGGUCCUAGCGGUAAGUGAUACUAAGGCGGCUGCCACUCGAGGUAGCACCUCACUCGUGAUUCAAGUACAGGGUAAUGGCAAUACUCGCGUUCCGAUAGAGGCUACGAUUCUCCCACGCAUCUCCGCCCAAUUACCUAGUAGACAAGUCAAACAAAGAGCGUGGAAACACAUAGAGGGAUUAAAGCUCGCGGAUCCGCAGUAUCACCGACCUGGUCCCGUCGACAUCUUAAUCGGCGCAGAUAUCUUUGCCUCGUUGAUUCGGGACGGUCGUCGUGUAGGAAGGAAAGAGGAUAUCGGUAGCUUAAGACGCAAUCAGAGUUGCUCCAGACCUCUGCGAAAACUUGCCCCCUUCUUGGAUGGUCGCGAAGUCCUCAGGGUGGGCGGCAGGCACACCCAUUCUGCCAUCUCAUACAAGGCUAAACACCCCGCAUUGCUGUUUAACCGACAUCGACUCACGGAACUUAUAGCAGAGCGCACCCACCGCCUACAUUUGUAUCCGGGACGUCAAGCGUCACAUUACAUCUUGGCACAAAACUUCUGGAUCCUAGUAGAAGCUAUCCUGAACUCCAGACCCCUCUGUCCCACCAGUUCAGAUCCCAGCGACCUCGGGGUGCUCUCCCCGGGACACUUCCUCACCCUGGAGCCUCUCGUGGCGGUUCCACACCCUGACCUGAACCCGGUGCCGACACACAGACUCGAUCGGUGGCAAAUGGUGCAACACAUGCACCAGCAGUUCUGGAGAGGGUGGCAUGACGAGUACCCACACACCCUCCAACAACGACCGAAGUGGUUGCAAUCGGCACCUACG